CAGCUCCUUCACUGGGCCCCCCCACCACCCCGUCCGGAGCUCUUUCGCUCACCAUUCAUCACCCCCGCCGCUCGCCCACACAGAUAUCUGGAAACAUGGCUUCUGAACAUGUUAAUGGGAAUGGUACUGAAGAGCCCAUGGAUACUUCUGCUGCAGUUGCCCAUUCUGAGCAUUUCCAGACAUUGCUUGAUGCUGGUUUACCACAGAAAGUUGCUGAAAAACUAGAUGAAAUUUACGUUGCAGGACUAGUUGCUCACAGUGAUUUAGAUGAAAGAGCUAUUGAAGCUUUAAAGGAAUUUAAUGAAGAAGGUGCACUGGCAGUGCUUCAACAAUUUAAAGACAGUGAUCUCUCUCAUGUUCAGAACAAAAGUGCCUUUUUAUGUGGCGUCAUGAAAACAUAUAGACAACGAGAAAAACAAGGGACCAAAGUGGCAGAUUCCAGCAAAGGACCAGAUGAGGCAAAAAUCAAGGCUCUUUUAGAGAGAACGGGUUAUACACUUGAUGUGACAACUGGACAAAGGAAGUAUGGUGGUCCUCCACCAGAGUGUGUCUAUUCAGGACAACAGCCUUCUGUUGGCACUGAGAUAUUUGUGGGUAAAAUCCCAAGGGAUUUAUUUGAGGAUGAACUAGUUCCAUUAUUUGAAAAAGCUGGACCUAUUUGGGAUCUCCGCUUAAUGAUGGAUCCCCUGACAGGUCUAAACAGGGGAUAUGCUUUUGUCACUUUUUGUAACAAAGAGGCAGCUCAGGAAGCUGUUAAAUUGUAUAACAAUCAUGAAAUUCGUUCUGGGAAACACAUUGGAGUAUGUAUCUCUGUGGCCAAUAAUAGGCUCUUUGUUGGCUCUAUCCCUAAGAGUAAAACCAAGGAGCAAAUUGUAGAAGAAUUUAGCAAAGUAACAGAGGGUCUCACAGAUGUAAUAUUGUAUCACCAACCUGAUGACAAAAAAAAGAACAGAGGCUUUUGUUUCCUUGAAUAUGAAGAUCACAAAACAGCAGCUCAAGCCAGGCGUAGGUUAAUGAGUGGAAAAGUGAAAGUUUGGGGUAAUGUUGUUACAGUUGAAUGGGCUGACCCCAUAGAAGAUCCAGAUCCUGAAGUGAUGGCAAAGGUAAAAGUGUUAUUUGUACGGAAUCUUGCAAAUUCAGUCACAGAAGAAAUACUAGAAAAGGCUUUUAGUCAAUUUGGAAAACUGGAAAGGGUGAAAAAGCUAAAAGAUUAUGCUUUUAUUCAUUUUGAUGAACGUGAUGGUGCUGUAAAGGCUAUGGAAGGAAUGAAUGGCAAAGAUUUAGAAGGAGAAAAUAUAGAAAUUGUGUUUGCAAAGCCACCAGAUCAGAAAAGGAAAGAACGGAAAGCACAGAGACAAGCUGCCAAAAAUCAAAUGUAUGAUGAUUAUUACUACUAUGGCCCUCCUCAUAUGCCCCCACCAACAAGAGGUAGAGGUCGAGGAGGAAGAGGUGGCUAUGGAUACCCUCCUGACUACUAUGGAUAUGAAGAUUAUUAUGAUUAUUAUGGCUAUGACUACCAUAACUAUCGUGGUGGAUAUGAAGAUCCUUACUAUGGUUAUGAAGAUUUUCAAGUUGGAGCUAGAGGAAGGGGUGGUAGAGGAGCAAGGGGUGCUUCUCUUUCCAGAGGUCGCGGGGCUGCUCCUCCCCGUGGCAGAGCCGGUUAUGCACAAAGAGGUGGUCCUGGAUCAGCAAGAGGUGUUCGUGGUGCGCGAGGAGGUGCCCAGCAACAAAGAGGCCGCGGGGGAAAAGGGGUCGAGGCCGGUCCUGACCUGUUACAAUGAAGACUGACUUGCUAAGUGGGAUUACACCAGAAGCUUGCAGUGGAGUAAUGGUAAGGAAAUCAAGCAACCUUAAGUAUUUCGGCUGUAUAGGAGCAAAUUAUUUUGUAGAAGAUCCUUCGUGUGAAGAUCAUGGAAUCAAAUAUGGGACACUUGGACUUUGAUAUAAAUUUCUAUUAAGUUUUCUCUGCAGUGCAAAUUAUAAUUCUAAAGCUAAUAUUUUCCCAAUGUGUUCAACAAAAUUUAUCUAUAGCAUGGCCUCUUAAUAAAUGUUCUGUUCUUUAAAGAAAAAAAAGGAAAGACCUGUCUACUUAAAGUAGAAUUUCCCUGUUGUUUUUAAAGUUGGAUCCCUGAAGUGGUAUUCUCUUACUGCUCUGAACAUUUUAUUGCAGUGAUAUUAGCUGAAUACCAUCACUGGUAUCCUUAACUCUUAUUUCUGCUCAUCAAGGUUAAUCAUGGUUGUCUAUAUGGUAAUCACUUUGAAAUGUAUUCAGAUAACAGCGGUUUCAGGUGUAAUCAUCAAAGCUGGUUGGUCAGGCAUUCCAGAUAGUGGUUCUUUUCAGAACCUUUUUUUAAAGGGUUGGUUAACUACCUCAGUAGCAGAGGAUUGAACUAUACCCUAUCUGUACUGUACAUAGAAAAUCUUUGUAGAUAAAAUCAAGGCUUGUUUAAUUUUGACAAGAGGGUAAAAUAUAUACCAAAUGUAACAUUCUAAGUUGCCUUUAAUUUCAGAGGCUUUGUAAAAGAUUCCCUCCUGUCCAUCAUAACAGGCCUUGUUUUUGUCGUAUUUUGUGGCUGAAAAAGCAGCCUUGCUUCUUCAGAUAUUGUAGUUAUUUGGAUGUAUAAUAGUUUAGCAAGAUGUUACUUUUUGUAAGACAUCAAAUGUUAAAAAAGUGCAUCAGCAACUUGUACUAAAUACUGCAGUGUCCCUUUAUAAAAGGUCAGACUAAAACUGACAGCUGUACAGUGAAGCCUGACAUUUGGAUAUUUUGAAGUUUUUCAUAAAUCAUAGAAAAUAGUAUAUGGCUGUAGUUUAGCUUUUUAGGUAAAGGUAUGUUUUCUCAUUAGUGCAUUUCUUACUGCUGAUUGCUGUAAAACCAAGCAGAUCAGCUUUCCAUUUUCUCUUUAUGCAGAUCAUGAUAAUCUGUAGAGUAGAAUACAAUCAUUUGUGCUAUGUUUUAAUUUUCUAAAGCACCUUGAUGACAGUGAGUGUUAAGUGGUGAAGCAUCCUCUAUUGAAUCACUCUUCCAAAAAGUUCUAUCAAGUCCCAACUAUGCAUAGGUAAGAUACACUAUGAUCUAAUACGGACUUCACAGAAAGAGCUUUUGUUAUACCUUCCCCAAAGGGAUACUGCAGUUGUUACUUACCUGUAGGCACCACAAUAAGAUCUGAGACACCGAAUUAAGGUUUUAUACACACCAGUUCCCCAGUAAAUGAAAAAAAAUUAAAAAAAUAGAUGUCAUAUGUUAAAUUGCUCAUUGCAAACAAUCAUUUUGCAUUCCUGCAAAUAAAAUUGUUUUAUACUGUAAGCUGGAGGCAAGUGUAACUUAUUUUUGUAAUAAAGUUUUUAUUUUUUUUAUGUGUCAUUAAUAUAAAUGUGUGUUAGUGCAGAAAUCUUCUGGUUUAAAAACUCGUGCGCACACAUUUCAGUAUGUUUACUUGUAUUUACAUUUUUUAGAAUAGUCAUUUCCAGUAGUCUGUCUCUCACAUUAAUUGAAUUUUUGUUAUAUUAAUAAACCAUUUUAGUAUAUUGUAUGUCAAUUACUGGGAUAGCUGGGACAUAAAGUGUAAUUUAAAAUUUGUCAAGUAUUCAUGGGAAUAUGUAAAUGUGCCUUGCUAGUUAAGAGAAAAACUAAGUGGCUGAUGGUAAAAAGUCAUUGCUUAAUGAAACACCUAUUGCCACAGUUUCAUAUGCUGCCCAUGGUAAAGUUCUACUUUCCAUAUUUGAAUAAGAAAUAUGAGUGUUGCAUCAGCUUCUAAAAUCUUAAACUUGAUAGGAUGAGGUUUAUGGAAUUUAGGUUUGCUAAAUGUAGCCUUAUAUUUUGAUUUCAUUGUAAUCCUUGGUAUUGGCAAUCCCAGUGCCAAGGAGGUUGAAAUGCUCCCUUCAAUGAGGUUGUAGUGCCAACUGGCAUCUUUACUGUCAUGGUUUAAUGAAGAGCACUGUCAAGGUGUUCAUGCCAAAUCUGACCUGAUUCUUUAUAGGAAUUUUAGAAAGAGGGAAUGCCAUCUUAACUUGGAUCUUCCAAAUCCCUCCCAUUGCUGAAAAACAAACUUCUUAAAAGUUUUCAAGCAUAACUGAUUUGGGGGAGGGGGGAGUAAAUGAUUAUUUAUUCAGAGCAAAUAUUGAUGCAGAUGAAAAAUGAAAAUUUACAAUAAUAUGGAAGCUGAAAUUGUAAUCACAUGUCCGCAAGAGAAGCUGGGAUAUAAGAUACUUGUCAAAAUGGACUGGAAUUGACUUUAUCUGUAGAGUUUGUAAGCAAUGGUGAGUAAUAAGUAACAGAAUCUUGACAGUGUUCUCGAAUAAUUAUGAAUUCAAGCCAUUCUGACUUUUACAAUUAAACAUUAUUUGCACUGUU